AUGGCCAUCCUAACAUCCUUAUAUGGGGGCCUGAAUGUUCUCUACUCCAAUCUCUUUGUCACCCUCCCCAUUCCCGAAGAAGCUCCCGACCUCAGUGAGCAGACAAUCAUUGUAACGGGCUCCAAUACGGGACUUGGAUAUGAGACUAGCCAACAUCUUCUGCGACUUGGAGUUGGCAAGCUCAUCAUGGGUGUCCGCAAUCUGGACAAGGGAGAGAAGGCACGGAUUGAGCUCUUGAAAGCAACCAAGCGAUCACUAGAUACCAUUGAGGUGUGGCAGGUUGACUCAGAGAGUUACGACUCGGUCAAGAAGUUUGCAGAUCGCGCAAACAAUCUACCUCGUCUCGAUGCCGUACUUGCCAACGCGGGCAUAUUGACCAAUCACUUCAGCUUGUCUCAAGGCAACGAGAAGACCGUCACUGUCAAUGUCAUCUCCGUCUUCCUGCUCGGUCUCCUGCUUCUGCCCAAGCUACGCUCCGCACCGUCUGCCGGCAGGUUCGUCGUCCCCAAUUCGGCACUCCACUACAUCGCCCACACCAAGGAGAUUGUCCCAACUAAGAAUAAGACUAUCUUCGACCGCCUAAACGACCCAGAGCAGUCGGACAUGGCAAAUCGCUACUCGCUCAGCAAGCUUCUGGUGCUCUAUGUCGUGCGGGAGCUCGCCGAGAGGACCAAGUUGUCUGUGAAGGGGGAUGUCAUCUUCAACACGCCCAAUCCUAGCUAUUGCAAGUCUGGCCUGCUGAACGAGCCGGGAAACACGGCCCCUCUAGACUUCAUGGCACGAACCACUGAGAUGGGCAGUCGAGCGAUCCUGAAUGGAGUGCUGGCCGGUCCCGAAAGCAAUGGCCACUACCUGAAUAAUUGCCACGUGUCGUGUCCGGCGGCCCACGUCACCAACAAGACAGGUUCACAGAUCCAGAAGGCAUUCGUUGACGAGCUGCUGGAGAAGUUGGAAGUGAUAUCUCCAGGCAUCUCUGCCAGUCUGUAA